CACGUGUGCCGUGUCCAAACCCUGACUGCUAAAAAAUACCACGUCGGCAGUUUUUGUACAUGGAUCCGUUCUAUAUGGUUUAUGCUUUUUUGGGAAAAAAAAUUGAUAGAAAUUUGGCGAAAUUCCAUAUCUCGAGUGCUAUUACGGGUCGAAGUGAAUUUUGAAAGUGAGGUUGGCAUUUUGUUUUGAAGUGAAUUUUACUGACAUAUAGCAAGUUACUGAUAGCUUUCGAAGGCAUUCAUUUUAUUUAGGCGUACUUACCGAGAAAAUUCAAAGUAGCCAGUCAUCUAGGAAUUCAAGAUGGCAGAAAGUCAGGACACUAAGAAGAAAAUCAACGUUAAUAUUAAAACGCCGAAAGAUAAACAAACCGUAGAAAUUGAGGAAGAUGCGUCAAUUAAAGAUUUUAAAGAAGCAGUUUCUAAGAAAUUCGAUGCUCAGCCCGAUCAGUUGUGUUUAAUUUUUGCUGGAAAGAUAAUGAAGGAUCAUGAAACUCUUGCUACACAUAAUAUUAAGGAUGGUCUCACUGUACACCUUGUAAUAAAAACACCGCGAACUGCUGGUAAUCAAUCAAAUCAAGAAACUUCACCGAAUCCACAGAGAAAUCAGGGAUCAUCUAAUAUAGGUAAUUCUCCUUUUGGUUUGGGCAACUUAGGAGGUCUUGUUGGCUUAGAGAGUUUAGGAAUGGGAUCUAGCAAUUUUAUUGAAUUACAGCAGCGAAUGCAACGCGAAUUACUGUCAAAUCCAGAAACAAUGCGACAAGUACUUGACAAUCCAUUGGUGCAAAGAUUAAUGAAUGACCCAGAAAAUAUGCGAGCCUUAGUAACUGCAAAUCCACAAAUGCAAGAACUUAUGCAACGAAAUCCAGAAAUAAGUCAUAUGUUAAAUAACCCAGAACUUUUACGUCAAACUAUGGAGCUGGCUAGAAAUCCGUCCAUGCUUCAAGAGUUAAUGCGUUCACACGACAGGGCACUUUCCAACUUGGAGAGCAUUCCCGGUGGUUACAGCGCUCUCCGCCGCAUGUACCGUGACAUCCAGGAACCAAUGUUGGCGGCAGCAGCAAACAACAGCAAUCCGUUUGCAGCUUUAGUCGAAAACAGUAAUGCAGAUAAUCAGCCAAAUCCUCAACAAGGACAAGAGAAUAGAGAUCCAUUGCCUAAUCCAUGGGGCUCCGAUGGCAGUGAAGGCAAUCCUACACCACCAACAACAACGCCCGCUGCAGAAGGUCAAGCAAGAGGUCUUUUUGAUUCGCCAGGAAUACAAAGUCUCACAUCACAAAUAAUGGAGAAUCCAACGCUCAUGAGAAAUUUGCUUAAUGCACCGUACACACGUUCAAUGCUGGAAGCGUUGGCUGCCGAUCCGGCAAUGGCAAACAGAGUUAUUUCUUCGAAUCCGUUUUUCAGAUUAAACACUCAAAUGCAGGAACAAAUGAGAACAAUGAUGCCAGCUUUAAUACAACAAAUGCAAAAUCCACAAAUUCAAAAUGUCGUUACUAAUCCUGACGCUCUCGCAGCAAUAAUGCAAAUUCAACAAGGCAUGGAGCAGUUGAGAACUGUCGCUCCUGAACUCGUUAAUAAUAUGGGUUUAACACCUCCACCAACCACUGCAGCAACGACUGAACCUACGAGGACAACUUCACCAAGUCCAACCACAGCUCCAACAACAGACCCAAACCAACAAUUCUUUUCUCAAUUUAUGGCUCGAAUGGUAUCGGCAAUGGCACUGAACCAAGGAGGAGAAGUUGAUGGUCAGGUGGCUCCACCAGAGGAACGCUACAGAGCACAACUGGAACAGCUCACAGCCAUGGGUUUUGUAAACAGAGACGCCAAUUUACAAGCAUUAAUUGCAACAUUCGGAGACGUUAAUGCUGCUGUCGAAAGAUUGCUGGCCAACGGACAAGUUUCCAUGAGCUAACCACCAAUGAUUAACAACAAUACCUAUGUUAUAAUUAAUGAUUUACUCUCGGUAUACUUCUUGCCUCAGGAGAGGUGUCAAAUAUUUGAGGUAAUUUUAACUCGAAAAAUUUUAAUUCUUAUUCUGGCUCUAGGUAAAAGUACAUGCUACAGACUCGUUUACUGUGACCUUUCUUUUAUAAUUGAUGCAGUACUUACCCGGUUAAGCUAGCUGAGUUGGUACAACGAGAAAACGAACAUAUGAGUAUCUUGUUAAUAUUUCACCUAUCUAUAUAUUAAUUGAUGUAUUAUAAAGAAUGUGUAAUACUUGUACCAGCAUUAUAUACUUGAGUGCACAAUGAUUGACUGUUUAGUUAUGUUAUUAAUACAUCACUUAGCUUAUAGUUUAAACUGUAUCUUCAUAAAAAUUAUACAAAUUGAUUAAAACAUU